AGUUUCGCACACAGGUGCAAAGUUCACACAAGGGUUGAUCUGUUGACCAUGUCGGGAUUAAGGGUUAUCGUGGGCUGUAAACGUGUGAUCGACUAUGCUGUCAAGAUCCGUGUCAAGCCUGACAAGACCGGUGUGGUCACAGAAGGGGUGAAGCACAGCAUGAACCCCUUUGAUGAGAUCGCUGUGGAGGAAGCCAUCAGGAUGAAGGAGAAGAAGAUCGCCAGUGAGGUUAUCGCAGUGUCCUGUGGUCCUACUCAGUGUCAGGAGACGCUGCGGACCGCCAUGGCAAUGGGGGCGGACAAGGCUAUCCACGUGGAGCUGGACGCCAAGCAGACCGAAACGAUCCAACCCCUUCAUGUUGCCAAAAUAUUGGCCAAGAUAUCCCAGGAGGAGAAGGCAGAUGUCGUCAUUGUUGGCAAACAGGCUAUAGAUGGUGACUAUAACCAGACUGGACAGAUGACUGCUGCCCUGCUGGACUGGCCACAGGCAACAUUUGCGUCGGAGAUCACCAAGAACAACGGGGACCUGACUGUCACACGGGAAGUAGAUGGUGGCCUGGAAACAAUCAAAGUGAAACUCCCGGCAGUCAUCACCGCAGAUCUACGUCUUAAUGAACCUCGAUAUGCCACACUCCCCAAUAUCAUGAAAGCCAAAAAGAAGCCGCUAGCCAAGAAGAAGGCAAGUGACUAUGGGGUGGACGUGACCCCAUCACACCAGAUCCUGUCGGUGGAGGACCCCCCUGUGCGGGAGGCAGGGCAGAAGCUGGAGACCACAGAGGACCUGGUUGGCAAGCUAAGGGAAGCAGGGCUGCUACCUUCAUGAUGACUGGAAGAUCCUCGCCAUCAUAGAAUUGUAUGAAUGUAACCAAGAAGAGUUGUCUCCUUUGAUAACAGGUGGAUAAUAGGACACUGCCAGUGGUUGCGCUCUGUGUGUAUGUUGCCAUGGAUAGUCUGUAAUUACUGUGUAAAGUAUGUAAUAAUGAUUGUGUUGAUGACAGUUUUGAGUGUGACAAAUUAAAUAUUUAGAACAUUGA